UUGUCGCUCGGUGCGCGACUUCCGCUUUGAGUGUCAAAUAUGGCCACGUCCAGACUAGAGAUCAAUUUCAUCAGGUUAUUAUCACGCUGUGAAUCUCUGGCUUCAGAGAAAAGAGGCGAGACAGAAUGGAGACUAGAAAAGUAUGUUGGUGCUCUGGAGGAGAUGCUUGUAGCCCUUAAAAAGAGUUCAAGCAAACCAACACCGGAAAUACUGACCGACUACAACCGCAAGGUGGAUUUCCUGAAGGGUCUCUUGGAGGCAGACAAACUGCCAUCUCCAGCAGAGAAGUCUUUAGCGAAUCAGUUUCUGGCACCUGGACGGACACCUACGAUAUCCAGCGAGAGAACGCCGGCCAGUAAGAUGGUGCACAUACAGAGUAAAGCGAGAUGUGCUGAAGAAAUGAGGAAGGAACUGAUGAGCACCGGUGUGUCAAAUUCCGGUUCACUGGAGACGGAUCUCAGACACAGAAAGAGUUUUCCUGUAGAUGAGCGACAGUCGGCGACAGAGCUGGACGCUAUUCUACAGCAUCAUAACAAUCUCCAGGAGAAACUGGCCGAUGACAUGCUGAACCUCGCUCGCAACCUGAAGAACAACUCGCUCGCGGCUCAGAACAUCAUAAAGCAGGACAACCAGACCCUCACUCAGUCCAUGCGUCAGGCCGACAUGAACUUCGAGAAGCUGAAGACCGAGUCGGAUCGCCUGGAACAGCACGCCAAGAAAUCCGUCAACUGGUUCCUGUGGCUGAUGCUGAUCUUGGUCUCCUUCACGUUUAUCAGCAUGAUCCUGUUCAUAAGACUGUUCCCGAGACUCAGAUGAUGAUCGUCAUCGUUAGAUGUGCUAGAUUUACUUUAUCUAAUAACCGCAGGUUUACGUGUAGACACUAGCCAAUGGCCAUAGAGUUGAAUGACAGCCUCAAUCUCUCGAUGUCAUUCCCGUGAAAAUCUACAUUAGCUGCAUGCCUGUCAUGAAGAAUUCCAGUUGAAUCCCUGGGACGAAGCUAAUUCUAAAUUACCAUCAAAAACACGUUGUUCGCUAAAAUGAACGGUAAGUAUAUCGGCCAUUUUAUUUACAACUUAUAAAAUGCUUGUACUAAUUUUGAGACGCGCAUUUUGGGUGCUUACAAAGUUUUCCCUGAAUUGUCGCUAUUCCCAAAAAAAAGGUUCUGUUUAAUAUACAGAUAUGGCUAAAUAUGAUCACGUUUAUGAUCUGAGUUGAUCCGUUUUCUCAUGCUAAAAACGAACCGAGCUGUUUUAAGGUCCAGUCGACUUGUCCUGGCUUGCCGUGUCAAUCAGGAAAAUGUUCUGGCAAGCAUGCAGGAAGUAUUUUUGCUAGUCGGAAGCACAGAUGGAUACUGUCUUCUCCACCCAGAGUGUACAUGCUCCAUAUUUAGCUGCUAAAGAUCUAUUUGUGCUUGUUCCCUAUAUAGCACACGGAGUGUUAAGUAGUGCUCCGAUAGACGUGUUUGUUCAACUGUGCAGCUCUUUUAAUGGAUCUAUUAAUGUUCAUCUGAAACGGACGGUUAUUGAUCAUUUUUAUGUCCUUGUUGUUUUGUUGGCUCCUUUGAUUGAUUCACAUGUGAAGAAAAAACAGCAUAUUAUUUUAAUAAAACAAAUUGCAGUCCUCCUA